GGGGAGUGCAGAUGAGUUUGUGUGUUAAUUGGGAGCAGCUGGAAUGGAGGCACAUCCUCCCCCACCUGGGAAACCAGAUAAAAGCCAGGGCUUGGCUGGGCUUUAGUGCUCCCUUCUCCUGGGGUGCUGUCAGCUGAACUCUCCCAAGAUGAGCCGAGGGGUUGGACCGCCAAGGCCCCCGGAUGCUGCUGCCCCGCAGCCAGGAACGCUGCUCCGUGCUGAGAGGGACAGGGCUGCGGGCACAGCCCCGUGCCCUGCUGUCCCUGCCAGCAGGCUGUGGUGCAGAGCCCUCCUGCUGCUGGCCGUGUGUGUGUGUGCCACUGCCGUCCCCUAUGGUCUGGGUGCUCUGGCCGCUGUCACCUGGGGUCCCCCGGGCUCAUCAGCCUCCCAGCAGGGUGUGGGUGACAGUCUGGUGACAGCAUGUGGGGACCUCCUCACCUCGGGCUGCUUCCCAGGGGUCCAAAGAGCUGUGACCCCUGGGACAGGUGCUGGGGGACAGAGCCUGGGGGCACGGACUGCGGCCACACGGACACCUCGGACCUCCCUGCAGUGGCAGCCUGCAUCUGGGGACAGGGAAGGGCUCGGGCUUGGCACGGCAGUGGCUGGGACAUUGUCCCCCACACAGUGGCCUGGCAGAAGGGUGUCUGCUCCCUCAGCUCAGCUCUUGCAGACUGAGAGUAUCCCCAGUCCUGCCUCCUGGCAUCACCUUGCUCGGGGUGGCCUCCACAGAGCGGGGCCAGGCUCACCUGGUGCCACACAGAUGCCAGCAGUGAUGCCAGCUGGAGGUCUGGGGCAGCCAGCGGGCACAGCAGAGCCCCAGAGCCCACAGAGGGAGUCUGAGGCCACCUCCAGAGCCUGGAGUGAGCCAGCUGCUGGGGACCCUGCCACCUCCCAGGUUCCAGGAAACAGCUCUGGACUCCUGGAUGCAGUCCUGGCAUCGCUUUCUACCACUGCAACAGCUCCUGGUGCCCACCAUCAGCACGUGCUGGCUUCCUCCCAUCCCACAGCAGAGUCUGGGGCUCCUGCUGUCACCUCAGGGAUGCAGAGUGAGUGGUCUUCUCCCUCUGCACAGCCACGGACCACCGGAGCCUCCCCAGCUCAGACCAGGGCUCCCAGCCCUGCAGGUCCCACUGUGACUGGGAUGAGCUCCACAGCCACUGGUGUCACCCCAGAGCUUGGACAGGUGUUUGUGAUGGAAGAAUCCAGGCCCACUGAGGGCAGGACCGCAUCAGUGGGACCUGUUCCCACUCCAGCAGGAUCUCCAGGGCCCACCCCUGCCAGCCCAGGCUCUGUGCCUCCCCCCUGCUCCACAAACCCGGCUCUGGAGCGUGGCUCUGAGCCUGGGCACCACACUGCCACCACCAGCAGCGUGACAUCUCCAUCCUGCCUGCCGACUUCUCCUGGACAUGGGCAUGCCCUACUCAGCUCCCAGACCCUCGCUGCUCACAUCAUGUCCAGCGGUUCCAGCACUUCCCAGCGCUCCUCCCCAGCCGUGGAGCAUCUCCCUGCAGCCACCAGAGGAGCCUUCAGCCCGGCUGAGCUGCUGACAGAGGGCAAAGCUGGCUCCACAGGGACAGAGCCCCCCCGCAUCCCAGCCCUUUCCCACACAGCCUGUGCUUGCGCUGCCCUUGCAAUUCCGGCUGCUGGGCGUCACUUACACCCCGGCUCUGGGCAACAGGAAUUCGGAGAGCUACCGGCAGCUGGAGGGAGAAGUGACACUGAUGCUAAACCAACUGCUGUCUGGCUACAAGAGCUUCCUGCAGGCAAACGUCCUUGAGUUCAUGAAUGGCUCAGUGGUGGUGCGAGGGGAGGUUCUGUUCCGGGGGGAUGCUCCUGCUCCCACCAACUCCCACCUCAUCCGGACACUCAUCACAGAGGCAAGCAAGGGAAGGAGCAUCUCCAGCUGGCAGCUGGAGCCCCAUUCUAUCCUGUCUGGUGGCUUCAGCCUGGAGAACCUGGACCCGGAGAAGCUGUCUAUCUCCCUCACUGGCUCCCAGCUUGGGAGGGAGGCUCUGGAGAAGCUGGUCCGAGAGGUAACUUCAUCAGUCAGUGCCCUCUACCACGUGAGGAACUUCACCAUCUCCCAGCUCAGAAGCCUCAGUGGGAACACAGAGAUCACUGGAGACCUCUACCUAGACACAGUCGUCCAUGCUGAUGUUACGGAGGUUCUGGAAGCCCUGACUGCGCUCUCAGACCUCUCCAUGGACCUGACCUCCCUCUCGGUGGAGGAGUCCAAGCUUGGUCUGCACGUGUACCCUCUCUCCUUCCUCGUCACCAACAGACACUUCAGCCCCAAGCUUCAGGAUCCACUCUCUGUAGAGCACCACAAUCUCUCCAGGGACCUUGGUGAUGCGGUGACAAGAGCCCUGAGGGAUUACCCAUCCUUCCUGAAAGUGAUCAUAAAAGAGUUCCUGCCUGGCUCCUUGAUCUGCCAUGGGAACAUGAUAUUCCGUAAGCCCGCUCCAACCAGCGUGGAAGUUCUGGAGACGCUUUUGCUCUCAGUUGGGCCAAACCAGGCUUUGGCUGACUCUGACAUCCAUGUGGAUCCAUACUCCCUCUCUGUGGGAGAGGACACCCUGGAUCGUCCCUUGCCCCAGCCAGGCUUCCCAGCCUACGGAGUGGCCCUCAUGGUCAUAGGUGGCCUCUGCAUCAUCACUGCGCCCAUCGUGCUCGCGUGCCUGGGGGCCAAGAGGCUGGGCUGGCAGCAUGGAAGAGCCCUUUGGGACAGAAGAAACCCAGAAGUGGGGAUCCAGACUUUGGAAAUGGAUAACCAAGGGUUCUGGACAGAGGACCCUGAGGAUGGUCACUUUGAGUGGCAAAGCACUUCUGCCUGAGGAGAGAAGAAGCAGCAGCUGGGGAGUGCUUGGAGAGGGCUGUAGGUGGGAAGGAGAUGCUGAGAAGCUCUCUCUGAUCAUGUGGCAGCUGCUGCCAGGAGCUCCCUGAGCAGAAUGCAGACUCAGGUGUGUAAAGGAAUAAUUUUGUAUCUUAAAUAAACUGUUUGUAGACCGUGAA